AUGGGACGUUUGUCAAAGAUUUUCCUUUGUUUGGGCGCCACUAGCUCGGCGAAUUUUUUGCUCCCAAAUUAUUCUUCAGAAGAGUUCCAGUCGGGAUCAUCGGCAAAGUGGUGGGACGAUGACCACGCCGAGCGGCUCAGAAACGUUCUUUGGCAGAUGUCCCCAGAAGUACUCGAGAAUCACUUUUUCAAUGAGCCGAUCAGUCAGAAAGGAGCAGAAAAAGCCGUCGAAGGGAUCAUGAACACACUCGAUAAGAUUGCUGAAGACAUGGUCACAAAGAGAGACUCUUGCUGGGAAAGCGUCAGUCCGCAGAUUGGGAUCUAA